GUUUAAGUAAGGUACCGUGUAAUCACCUAGGAGACGAACAUGAAUGCAACGAUAGUUUUACUUCUCUGCUGCGUUUACGCUGUCUACAGCAUAAACCCUUGUUCAUAUGGUGCGCCUCUGGCUAAUCAUUUCUGUGGACGAGGUGGCAGUGCAUGCCCCAGUCACCACUACUGCGAAAUAGCCCCUGAUGAUACGUAUGCCGUAUGUUGUCCAACACACUGUACCACUGGUAGUCAUCUGCUACAUAGCGAUGGGACUGUUGUCUUCUGCGGGCUUGGAGGGGUCAACUGUCCUAACUACUACACGUGCAAUGUUGCUCCAAAUGAUGCCUGGGCCGUUUGCUGUCCUAACUGAUCCAUGAAUUGUCCGUGUUUGGUUGUGUUUGGUUUUCAAAGUUUCCAACGAUAUAACUUAAACACAAAUUUGA